AUGGUGGUAAAAGGCUUAACCAAGGCUGAAGAAUUGAGUAUCACAGGCUUUUCAAUAGAAUGGGUAUUGGAUAAGCUGGAAAAAUAUUGUGAUGACUAUAGAAAGGCAAAAGAUGGUAAAACUGUUGUUGAUGUAAGUCGAUAUAAUAAAUCCUGAUUUUUUAAAGGAAGGAGAAGUUGAGAGAGUGGGUAAGAAUUUGUUUUUGUUGAAGUUAGUCAUUUUUUAGCAUAUUUUUUAUGCCAAAGAACUUAUCACUUCUUAACAUUUUCAGUGUGGAGGAAGAAAAAAGCCGGGCUCUACCUUAGGUUUCAAAUUUAUUUAUGUAAAUUUCCUUGAUUUUUCAAAAAUUCUUAUUGAGGGGAGUCCAAAACUUUAUACACAACAUAAUACUCUUACUAACCUAACUAUAACAUAAAGUUUUAGAUUGAAGCCAAUGAUGUAUCAGAUGGUAAAGGGUUCUUGUCCAGAGUUUUUAUUACAAAAAUCACAUUUGACGACCAAACUGAGUAUGUGUUGGCACUGAAAGUACCAACAUACGAAAUUAUUGAAUCAAAAAUGAAAGGCGUGGAAGGAAUUUCUGUAAGUUUAUUUCAUAUUUUUACUUUUUGUAGGUAAAUGAUAAAAUCGCAGUUAAAUUUUUCGUAUUUUACAAAUAUAAUCUGUGCAAAGCCACAAAUGUCAAAUUAAGUUAGAGUACUGAGCAUAGAAACGUAACCUAAACAUAAGCUGAUAUCAAUGUCAAUUUAGGAAGAACAAAUUGAAAAAAUGAACGACUUCAUACUCGAAUCUCAUAACGUUGAAUGUGAUGCCAUUGCUAUGGUAUCGAAAUUUAAAAACUUUCCAUCGCCCAAACUUUAUUAUGCUGAAAAGUCAAAUCAAGGCAGAGAUUGUGGAUUACCAGGUAAAACAUCGCCAGGUAUUAUUAUAAUGGCAGCUGUGGAUGGGGCAUCAAUUGGAGCUAUCAAAUCAGUUACUGUGCAACAAUGUUUGAAUGUGGCCAGAGAUUUUGCUAUAUUACAAGAUUACAUAGCGCAAUUGCCGGAGGGGGAUUGGAAAGAAAAGUUUCAUAGCACUUUACACUUUGAUGAACAUGUGUUUGAGCAUGGUAAAAUAGCCGCUCAAGAGCUGGAACAAAGUUUUUCGGGCAAGUUUAUUAUCAUAAGGUACUAUCUGUUGUAAUCUUAUACUAAAAGCAUAAAUAUAUAUUAUGUAUAUCCAUAUUACUGUGAUAAAUGCCUUUAGAUCUCUCAAAGAGUACUGAACUACUGACAAAGGUUGAUUGGGGUAAGUAUUCUGAAUAUGCACUUCAUGAACGUCCAGCUGAAUUGAACGCUUGGACUUAUAUUCAUGGUGAUACCUGGACCAAUAACAUCAUGUUUAAGAAAAAUGGUGAUGGUAGUGUGUCGGACGAGAUACUUUGCUAUAUCGACUAUCAAGUCGGGUUUCAAGGUAAAUAAAAUACAUGCUUGGUGAUAAUUUUUAUAAACUAAAUUUACUCUUCCUAUGCUCGCCCUUUCUUUGACAUUUUUGAUUUAAUUUAUUGCUUGAUUUACUAAACCUAUUGUUUUCGUUGCGAGACCAAUUGUUGUUAGAUCAAAAAUCCUUCUUUUAUACUGUGGAACUUCUGUAUAACAAAUUGCUUGCGGACUUAAAAGUUGAUUGUUAUACAUCAGUUUGUUAUACAGAAGUUUUACUGUAUUUUAAAACAAAAAUAAAUUGCGAAAUUUAAAUUUUAAGAAAAGGUUACUUUAAGGAAACCCAUUAUUUGAUCUUGCACGUUUUAUGUGUGUAUGUCCUGAUGGCGAGAUACGACGUGAAGCAACUAUACCAACAUUAAAACAAUAUUAUGAUAAGUUAACAGAGCUUUAUGCAGAACGCAAAGCUACAGUGCCGUAUAGCUUUGAAGAUGUAAGUGAUUUAAGAUAGAACUACCAAAUCAUAUAACCAUUCAAUAAACUACAAAACAAAUUUUAGGUAAAAGAACUCUACAAUCUAGCAUUCGCUCACCAGAGCUUGUUAGCAUGUUCACUGUUGAAAUUUCUGGGUAUGGAUGGUGAUGCUUCAGAAGAUGUGAAAGAAGCACAGUCGGCUAAAGUGGCACUACGCAUGAAGUUUUUAAUACAAGAUGCUUUCAAGAUAUUACAUGACUAUAAUCUGGAAAAACUUGGUCUUUUUUUAACUGAAGUUGAAGAAUAA